AUGGCAGCUUCCAACUCCCACAUUACGCCCACGCUUUUCAACCUCCCGCGCGAGAUCCGCGCAAUGAUCUACCAACAUCUCUUCCACGUUCCCGGCGGCUUGCCCCUUCUCGCUGGCACCCUAGUCCAAGGCAACAUGCCACCAAAGAACGGUGUUGUGCGCGAUAUGCAAACUUUCCAUCUCAACCAACUCCAAUUGGACGAAGCACUGGCUACUUACCGCGCCCUCCGCCAAGUCAACUCACAGCUUGCCGAAGAGGCUUUGCAGGACUUCAUCUCUUGCAACAACAUCACCAUCCGGGCAGAUUUGAGAAAUCCACCGAUACACGUCAUCAAGAACUACGCCGUGCCCUUCAAGUUUCUGGUCCAGUUCCAAACGAUCAACCUGGUGGCUCCUCGCCAUGCCGGCUACUGGCCAACCAUCGCUGACCUUGGGGGUCCUCACCUCCACGUUCUCAUCAAGACGAAGAGGAGGAGCAAUUUCGCAGGCGAUCCUGGUUUGCGCGAGGUGAUGGAUGGAACUGCAUUGUCGAGAGAUUGGGGCGCGAAUACACUUGCGAUGUCUGUCUCUGGUCAUCAAGGCCGCGGCUUGAGUGGUGAUCUAUUAACGGCAUAUAUCYUGGUGCUAGAGCGCUUUGCAACGUAUCUUUGA